AUGGGAAAAAAAAGACUUGCCGAAGCUGCGCCACAAUUCCAAGCCGGCCAAGGCCUCGCAAGACAGGGAGCACCAGCCACCGCGGUUCUUCCGGCUGGUCUAGAUACACCUGGCACCCUAGAAAUAUAUCCAUCUGAACAUGCCAGUAAGUACCAACAAGCCGCUAUAUCUAACACACAGGCCUAUCAUUCGACCUUCUUGGCAGACGAGUCGCAAGAUACCAGACUUGUGGGCAACUUUGCAGUGCUGCCGCUGAGAACAAGGUUCAAAGGACCAGCGUAUCCUGCCUCGUCCGACUACGACAUCAUCGACGAGGUUCUUGACCUGUUUAGGGCCAACUCGUUUUUCAAGAACUUUGAGAUCAAGGGCCCUGCCGACCGGACACUGAUCUACGGAAUUCUGUUUGUCUCGCAGUGUCUGAACGCCCUCAAUGCCUCGACGUCGCAAAACGAGGCUGUUCGCGUUUUGACCAACCUUGCUCUGGACAACUUCUCAAUUCCCGGCGAGGUCGGUUUCCCGCUGAACUCUCUUUACCAGCCUCCAAGAGACAAGAACGAGGCGCUGUUCCUGAGACAGUACCUAGCCCAAUUCAGACAGGAACUGGCCAACCGUCUGAUUGCACGGAUUUACAAAGAUAGCAACCUACCAAGCAAGUACUGGCUGGCCUUUACCAGACGCAAGUUCAUGAAUAAGAGUCUGUAA